CUGCCGUCCCCCACUGCCCCGUGGCCCCACGAUGACCCACAGCCCCGCGACCAGCGAGGACGAGGAACGCCACAGUGCCAGCGAGUGUCCCGAAGGGGGCUCAGAGUCCGACAGCUCCCCGGACGGACCAGGGCGAGGCCCCCGGGGGACCCGGGGCCGGGGCAGUGGGGCACCUGGUAACCUGGCCUCAGCCCGAGGCCUCCAGGGCCGCUCCAUGUCUGUCCCUGACGACGCCCACUUCAGCAUGAUGGUCUUCAGGAUUGGCAUCCCGGACCUGCACCAGACAAAAUGCCUGCGGUUCAACCCCGAUGCCACCAUCUGGACAGCCAAGCAGCAAGUGCUCUGUGCCCUGAGCGAGAGCCUGCAGGAUGUGCUCAACUAUGGGCUGUUCCAGCCAGCCACCUCAGGCCGUGAUGCCAACUUCCUGGAGGAGGAGCGGCUGCUGCGCGAGUACCCCCAGUCUUUUGAGAAGGGGGUACCCUACCUGGAGUUCCGAUACAAGACCCGAGUUUACAAACAGACCAACCUGGAUGAGAAGCAGCUGGCCAAGUUGCACACAAAGACGGGGUUGAAGAAGUUCCUGGAGUACGUGCAGCUCGGGACAUCUGACAAGGUGGCGCGGCUGCUGGACAAGGGGCUGGACCCCAACUACCAUGACUCGGAUUCGGGAGAGACCCCCUUGACCCUGGCAGCCCAGACCGAAGGCUCUGUAGAGGUGAUUCGAACCCUGUGCCUAGGUGGGGCCCACAUUGACUUCCGGGCCCGGGACGGCAUGACAGCGCUACACAAGGCCGCAUGUGCCCGACACUGCCUGGCGCUCACGGCACUCCUGGACCUGGGAGGCUCCCCUAACUACAAAGACCGCCGGGGGCUGACCCCUCUGUUCCACACAGCUAUGGUGGGGGGUGAUCCCCGCUGCUGCGAGCUGCUUCUGUACAACAGGGCCCAGCUGGGCAUAGCAGAUGAGAAUGGCUGGCAGGAAAUCCACCAGGCCUGUCAGCGGGGCCACUCCCAGCACCUGGAACACCUGCUCUUCUACGGGGCUGAGCCUGGAGCCCAGAAUGCCUCGGGGAACACAGCCCUGCACAUCUGUGCGCUCUACAACAAGGAGACCUGUGCCAGGAUCCUCCUCUAUCGAGGGGCCAACAAGGAUGUGAAGAAUAACAGCGGACAGACACCCUUCCAGGUGGCCGUGAUUGCUGGGAACUUCGAGCUGGGAGAGCUCAUCCGGAACCAUCGUGAGCAGGAUGUGGUGCCCUUCCAGGAGUCCCCGAAGUACGCAGCCCGGCGACGGGGACCACCAGGGGCAGGGCUGACGGUGCCCCCUGCGCUGCUCAGGGCCAACAGUGAUACGAGCAUGACGCUGCCCGACUGGAUGGUGUUCUCUGCCCCGGGGACUUCGUCCUCUGGGGCCCCUGGCCCUACUUCAGGGCCCCAGGGCCAGUCACAGCCCUCGGCCCCCACUAGCAAGCUCAGCAGCGGGACCCUCCGAAGUGCCAGCAGCCCCCGGGGCGCCCGGGCCCGCUCCCCAUCCCGAGGGAGGCACCCCGAGGAAGCCAAACGGCAACCCCGAGGACGGCCCAGCUCCAGUGGGACGCCCCGGGAAGGGCCAGCCGGUGGCACUGGGGGCUCUGGGGGCCCUGGGGGCUCCCUGGGCAGCCGAGGACGGCGGAGGAAGCUCUACUCAGCAGUCCCUGGACGCUCCUUCAUGGCCGUGAAGUCCUACCAGGCCCAGGGCGAGGGGGAGAUCUCCCUGAGCAAGGGCGAGAAGAUCAAAGUGCUCAGCAUUGGGGAAGGAGGCUUCUGGGAAGGCCAGGUCAAAGGUCGAGUUGGCUGGUUCCCUUCUGAUUGCCUGGAAGAGGUGGCAAACCGCUCUCAGGAGGGAAAGCAAGAAAGCCGCAGUGACAAGGCAAAGAGACUCUUCCGACAUUAUACUGUGGGCUCCUACGACAGCUUUGAUGCUCCAAGCUUGAUGGAUGGGAUUGGUCCAGGGAGUGAUUACAUCAUCAAGGAGAAGACAGUCUUGCUGCAGAAGAAAGACAGCGAGGGGUUUGGGUUCGUGCUCCGGGGGGCCAAGGCGCAGACCCCCAUCGAGGAGUUCACCCCCACCCCGGCCUUCCCGGCGCUGCAGUACCUGGAGUCUGUGGACGAGGGGGGUGUGGCAUGGCGGGCUGGACUGCGAAUGGGAGACUUCCUUAUCGAGGUGAAUGGGCAGAACGUGGUGAAGGUUGGCCACCGGCAGGUGGUGAACAUGAUCCGACAAGGGGGCAACACGCUCAUGGUGAAGGUGGUGAUGGUCACCAGGCAUCCGGACAUGGAUGAGGCUGUCCAUAAGAAAGCCCCGCAGCAGGCCAAGCGGCUCCCUCCCCCGGCCAUCUCCCUGCGCUCCAAGUCUAUGACCUCAGAGCUGGAGGAAAUGGUCUCCCCCUGGAAGAAGAAGAGUGAGUAUGAGCAGCAGCCUGCGCCGAUGCCCAGCAUGGAGAAAAAGCGGACUGUGUAUCAGAUGGCUCUCAACAAACUGGACGAAAUCCUGGCGGCAGCCCAGCAAACCAUCAGCGCUAGUGAGAGCCCUGCGCCUGGCGGCCUCGCGUCCCUGGGCAAGCACCGGCCCAAAGGCUUCUUCGCCACCGAGUCAAGCUUCGAUCCCCAUCACCGCUCCCAGCCAAGUUACGAACGUCCUUCCUUCCUGCCUCCUGGACCUGGGCUCAUGCUUCGACAGAAAUCUAUCGGGGCUGCAGAGGAUGAUAGACCAUACCUAGCACCCCCAGCCAUGAAGUUCAGCCGCAGCCUGUCUGUGCCAGGUUCUGAGGACAUCCCCCCACCGCCCACCACAUCCCCGCCAGAGCCCCCAUACAGCACACCGCCGGCCCCCUCCUCCUCGGGCCGUCUCACCCCCUCCCCUCGGGGAGGGCCCUUCAAUCCCGGCUCCGGAGGACCCCUCCCCGCCUCCUCCCCCGCGUCCUUUGAUGGCCCAGCCCCUCCCGAUACGCGCGUGGGGGGGCGGGACAAGAGCCUGUACCACGGCGGGGCCCUACCCCCUGCACACCACCACCCGCCGCACCACCACCACCACCACGCGCCGCCGCCCCCGCCGCACCACCACCACGCACACCCACCGCACCCCCCGGAGAUGGAGACCGGCGGCGCCCCGGACGACCCUCCACCGCGCCUGGCUCUGGGGCCCCAGCCCAGUCUGCGGGGUUGGAGGGGCGGCGGGCCCAGCCCAAGCCCAGGGACGCCGUCGCCGUCGCAUCACGCUGGAGGCGGCCCGCAGGCCCCGGCCCUGCGUUACUUCCAGCUCCCGCCGCGUGCCGCCAGCGCCGCCAUGUACGUGCCCGCGCGCUCCGGCCGCGGCCGCAAGGGGCCGCUGGUCAAGCAGACCAAGGUGGAGGGCGAGCCGCACAAGGGCGCCCUACCUCCUACCGCGCCCGCGUCCCCCGCGUCGCCGCAGCCGCCGCCCGCCACUCCCGCGCCGGCCGAGAAGAACUCCAUCCCCAUUCCCACCAUCAUCAUAAAGGCGCCGUCCACCAGCAGCAGCGGCCGCAGCAGCCAGGGCAGCAGCACCGAGGCCGAACCCCCGACGCAGCCCGAGACCCCCGCGGGCGGCGGCGGAGGGGGCGCGGGGGGCGGGGGCUCCUCGCCCAGCCCGGCGCCGCCCCUGUCACCCGUGCCGCCGUCGCCGUCGCCCGUGCCCACGCCCGCUUCGCCCAGCGGCCCGGCCACCCUGGACUUCACCAGCCAGUUCGGGGCGGCCCUGGUGGGCGCGGCACGCAGGGAGGGCGGCUGGCAGAACGAGGCGCGCCGGCGCUCCACGCUCUUCCUCUCCACCGACGCGGGCGACGAGGACGGCGGCGAUGGCGGGCUAGGCGCGGGAGUGACCCCGGGCCCGCGGCUGCGCCACUCCAAGUCCAUCGACGAGGGCAUGUUCUCCGCUGAGCCCUACCUCCGCCUGGAGUCCGCGGGGGGCGCAGGGAGCUCAGGCUACGCCGGCUACUCCGGGGGCGCUCGCGCCUACGCGGGCAGCGGGGCCAGCAGCGCCUUUUCCAGCUUCCUGCCGCCGCGGCCCCUGGUGCACCCGCUCACCGGCAAGGCCCUCGACCCGGCCUCCCCGCUGGGGCUAGCGCUGGCCGCCCGCGAGCGCGCGCUGAAGGAGUCAUCGGAAGGCGGCGGCGUCCCCCAGCCCCCGCCCCGGCCGCCCUCGCCCCGCUACGACGCCCCGCCGCCCACCCCUCACCACCACUCGCCCCACGCGCACCACGAGCCGGUGCUGCGCCUGUGGGGAGCGCCGCCGCCCGACCCCGCCCGCCGGGAGCUGGGGUACCGAGCCGGGCUGGGCGGGCCAGACAAGCCGCUCACCGCCAGUCCGCCCGCCGCGCGACGCUCGCUGCUGCACCGCCUGCCGCCCACGGCGCCCGGCGUGGGGCCCCUGCUGCUGCAGCUCGGCCCCGAGCCUCCCACCCCGCACCCCGCGGUCAGCAAGGCCUGGCGGUCCGGAGCCCCUGAGGAGCCGGAGCGGCUGCCCCUCCACGUACGCUUCCUCGAGAAUUGCCAGCCGCGCGCGACCCCGGCAUCGGUCUCCAGAGGGCCCUCCGCGGAGGAUGGGCCCGGGGUCCCGCCGCCCAGCCCGCGCCGCUCCGUGCCCGCUUCGCCAACGUCCCCGCGGGGCGGCGAGGAGAACGGGCUCCCGCUGCUCGUGCUGCCGCCGCCCGCCCCGUCGGUGGAUGUGGAUGACGGCGACUUCCUCUUCGUUGAGCCGUUGCCCCCGCCUCUCGAGUUUUCCAACAGCUUUGAGAAGCCCGAGUCUCCGCUCACGCCCGGGCCCCCACAUCCGCUCCCGGACCCCCCGACUCCGGUCACCCCUUUGCCCCCAGUGCCACCCCCGGCGGCCCCCGCCCCCGCCCCACCCACCCUGGACUCCACCGCAUCCAGCCUGACGUCCUAUGAUAGUGAGGUGGCCACGCUGACCCAGGGGGCCCCCGCGGCUCCUGGGGAUCCCCCUCCACCAGGCCCGCCAGCCCCAGCAGCUCCAGCGCCUCCCGCCCCGCAGCCAGGCCCGGAUCCACCGCCGGGCACGGACUCUGGGAUCGAGGAGGUGGACAGUCGCAGCAGCAGUGAUCAUCCCCUGGAGACCAUCAGCAGCGCGUCCACGCUAAGCAGCCUGUCUGCCGAGGGCGGUGGCAGUGCGGCGGGCGGGGCCGGGGCCGGUGUGGCCAGCGGUCCCGAGCUGCUGGACACCUACGUGGCCUAUUUGGACGGCCAGGCCUUCGGGGGCAGUGGGACACCCGGCCCGCCGUAUCCCCCGCAACUCAUGACACCCUCUAAGCUCCGAAGCCGGGCGCUGGGGACAGGUGGAGGCCUGCGACCCAGCCCCAGCGGCGGACUCCGAGACCCAGUCACCCCCACCAGUCCCACCGUCUCCGUGACCGGGGCUGGCAACGACGGGCUGCUGGCCCUGAGCGCCUGUUCAGGGCCCUCCGCGGGAGGUGUGACUGGGGGUCCGGUAGCAGUAGAGCCAGAAGUCCCACCGGUGCCCUUGCCCACGGCCUCCUCCUUGCCUCGGAAGCUGCUGCCCUGGGAGGAGGGCCCAGGCCCACCCCCGCCACCCCUACCGGGGCCCCUGUCCCAACCUCAAGCCUCUGCCUUGGCCACCGUCAAAGCCAGCAUCAUCAGUGAACUCAGCUCCAAGCUCCAGCAGUUCGGGGGCUCCUCGGCAGCUGGAGGGGCCCUGCCUUGGGCCCGGGGAGGCAGCGGGGGCAGUGGGGACAGCCACCACGGCGGAGCCAGCUACGUCCCCGAGAGGACCUCUUCCCUGCAGCGGCAGAGGCUCUCGGAUGACUCCCAGUCCUCGCUCCUCUCCAAACCUGUCAGCAGCCUGUUUCAGAACUGGCCCAAGCCACCUCUGCCACCACUCCCCACCGGAACAGGGGUGUCGCCUUCAGCCACCGCAGCCCCGGGGGCCAUCUCACCCUCGGCCUCUUCCUCCACCUCCUCCCGCCACCUCCAGGGCGUGGAGUUCGAGAUGCGGCCCCCACUGCUCCGCCGGGCCCCUAGCCCCUCUCUGCUGCCCGCCUCGGAGCACAAGGUCAGCCCCGCGCCCAGGCCCUCGUCCCUGCCCAUCCUGCCUUCUGGACCCCUCUACCCAGGCCUCUUUGACAUCCGAGGUUCCCCCACCGGAGGGGCGGGAGGCUCUGCAGACCCCUUUGCCCCUGUCUUUGUGCCGCCGCACUCGGGGAUGUCCGGGGGCCUCGGAGGAGCUUUGUCAGGGGCCUCCCGCUCCCUGUCGCCAACCCGCCUGCUGUCGCUGCCCCCGGACAAGCCGUUUGGCGCUAAACCUCUGGGCUUCUGGACCAAGUUUGAUGUGGCCGAUUGGCUCGAGUGGCUAGGCUUAGCAGAGCACCGAGCCCGCUUCCUGGACCACGAGAUUGACGGCUCCCACCUGCCCGCCUUGACCAAGGAGGACUAUGUGGACCUGGGGGUCACCAGGGUGGGCCACCGCAUGAACAUUGACCGGGCUCUCAAAUUUUUCCUGGAGAGGUGAUGGCUGGCCUGGACGGACCAGCCCGUCCUCAGAAGCCCGAGCCAGCCACCUCUCGACCUCUGACCCUGGACCACGUUGUCUCCGUUCUCUCCCGGGCAGGGACUCUGCGGAAACUGUGUCCUGCCCUCUGUCCCAAGGCCUGAGGUCACCAGGUGGCCAGGCACAGGCCGGACAUUUGCACCUCACAGGA